AUGGCCCGCAACACAUGCCUGCUCGCAGCCCUCGCGUGCGCCUACGCGGCACCGCCGAAACGCGUCACCCUAGCCAUCGCAAACGAGCGAUCGGACAAAGUGCAAUGCUCGCUGGGCGGCGCGGAAGAGCUGCCCGUGAUCCCGGCCCGCACGGGCCAGCUCCUCGAAACGGAGGUUCCCACGGAGCUCGUCUGCGGCGGCGUGCGAGCGGAGAUCGACGGCGACGGCUACGUCGUGGCGCGCGUCGGCGACGACGCGAUAACGGUCGGCGACGCGAACGAAUUCCAGCUAGAACUGAGCCGCGCGGCGCACAAGUGCGACGGGACCUCGGACUUCUUCACUCCUCCCUCGUUCCAGGGCUGCGUCUUCCGGCACGCCUUCGGCGGCGUCGACGAGGCCGACCCGCGCGCGUGGCGCCUCUUUUGGCAAAAUGAAGCCUAUUGGAGGCUCUGCGAGGUCGCGGCGCCGAGCCGCGCGGUGCGGAGCUAUGCAUCGGAAAGCGUGCCGGGGCAGGUCAUCGAGGUCCUUCGAGAAACGCCCUUCGUGGCGGUAGCAAGGGGCUUCGCGACCAGAAAGCAGUGCCAGGACAUCGUGGAUACCACUCCCGCAGUUUCCGGCCUCGGCCGCGCGCAUGUGGGUGGCACGGGCGAAACGUCCUUCUCGUCGUCGCGCGAGACGCUGUCGACGAACUUGGACAUCAACUGGAACGAGCCCGACGCCCCAGUAACUUCGAUGGCUGCAGUCACCGUUGAAUUGGCCUCGGAGCUUCUGGGCGAGCGGAUUCCGUACGAAGCACAAGAACCUAUUAAUUUUCUUCACUACAAGGUCGGUUUUGAGUACAAACCUCACACCGACGGCGCUGGAAGGACAAAAGGCAAGCGCGUCGCGACGACGCUCGUCUACUGCGAGGCGGCCGCCGAGGGCGGCUCGACCGUUUUCCCGGGCGACGACCUCAAGCUCUCCCCGGGCGAGGGCGACCUGCUGUUCUUCGAGUACAAAAACGGCCCGCAAAGCACGCAACACGCGGCUUGUCCCGUCAUCGCGGGCAACAAGACGACGCUGACGAUGUGGCACCGCCUCGGCGUGAGCGCGGACGACCCGUGGUACAACUACGAGCAGUGGGGCGAGUUCCACAACCCCCACCUCCGCUCCGUCUACAAAGCUCCGCCGUUCCGCGAGCGGGCUCGUGGUGAGCUUUAGUCUUCCGCCGCGAGCGAAAGUCCUACGACGCGCCGUCGCGGCGACGGCGUGCGCGCGCGCGGCGAAACGCCGCGCGAUAUGUGUGAAUGUGAGUGUAAACUCUAAGUGUAAACUGUUGAUAGGCGGAUAGAUGAGCUUGCUAGAAUUGCUAGUGUCUUACAGGCCGCUAGCAUCGCGCUACCGCGGCGCUGGCGUCCUUUGCGGGCUGGAUUUUGCGUUCUGGACCUCGCAGAGCUUGCAAGGUGGCCAAUUUGCCAGCGAGAACAGAGAUCUUUGCAGCGCGCGAGCUGUGCGGCCGUGCAAAGUCUCUAUCACGUGCAGAAGCAGUAACUGCAGCAACACAACUCCGCGCGACGCUCGCACCACUGCAGACGAUACCACUGCAGACGAUGCCGCAGCGACGGAAAUUAACACAUCCAUUACUGCUCGCCGUCCCCUGGGUCACUUUCUACGUUGCCGUCUUCGGCUUAUUGUAUGGCGCAUACCAAAUCGUAUACCUCCGAGUCGAGCUCGGAGCGAGGCAGCAGCAGUCGAUCGACGCGCUGGAGGCGAAUCCGGCGUCCUUCGUGUGGUAUACUUUAGAUUUGCCCGCGAAGCAACUCCCGGCAACACCGGAAGCGGAUGACGCCGCGACAAGAGCAGUCAUCGACCGCUGGCACCAGACGACCGGCCGCCAGGCGCCUACGCAAGAUAACGACUUUGCCCACCUGUUCGUCGCGGCCUACGGCGCCUGGGCCCGGUCCCUCGACGCGGCCGGCGCCGCGCGCUUAUUGAGGAGGCACUGCGGGGCCCGCGAGUUCCGGGGCAUGGUCAAGCACCAGCACGACGCGUCUUGCGGCGGUCUCCAACCGACGCAGCCGGCGGCGUGUCGCGGCGGCUUUUAUUUAGAUGACACGGCCUCGGUCAAACCUUGUCCGGAUGGCGCGUUUUGCAUGGCGGGCCAGACGUGCUUCGUCUUAUGCGCGCGAGGCGCCAUGUGCAACGCCAGUCGCCCGUUAAGUGGUGUCGUGCCUCAUCAUUCAUCAUCUCUACAGACCUACGAUAGGAGGCGAUGCGUCUUUCCCCACAAUGCAGCGCCGGCAGAAGAACAAUCCCCGGAGAUCCACGCCUGCCCCGGCGUCCAGUACUUGACGCUGUGCCCCGAGGGCUACUACUGCGACACGCCCGUCGAGAUCCAGAAGUGCCCCUUGAAUCAUUUCUGCGCGCUUGGUUCUGAUGCUCCAGUCCGAUGCCCGUGGUUCGCCAGUUGUACCAGAGAGGGCAUGACGCGGCCUAGAUAUAGGACGUCCUUCGGAGCUUUAGCAUGGGGCGCUCUGAUGUUGUUAGGCGUGGCCUACUACGUUGGAAGUAUAUGGCGGGAUAAAAGCUUGAGGGCCUUCGAUGAGGCGAUCAUCAGGCACCUGCGGGCGCACUCGCCGCCGCGGAGUCGGGCUUCCUUCGACGAGGACGGCGCCUACGCUUUGCCUGAUGCGUCGCCCUUGAUAGACGUGGAGUUCUCGGAGGUUUCUGUGAGGUUGCCCGGCGGCCGCGUCGCGCUGAAGAACGCUACCGGUGCUUUACGGGCGGGGCGCCUCGCGGCGAUCAUCGGGCCGUCCGGUGCUGGAAAAAGUACUUUAUUAGAUCUGCUCGCGGGCCGCGCGCCGCCGCCCGGGUCGCGCGUGCGCGGUUCCGUAUUACUGAACGGCGCGGCUCCAUCAUCAUGCCACCCGGCGCUCGUGGGCUACGUGCCCCAGGACGACGGCGCGUUACUCGGCUGGCUGACGGUGCGGGAGCUGCUGCGCUUCUAUGCGGUUCGUCCGCGGCGUCCUUCUUCUACCCCUCCCAGAGUUUGGGACCAUUCCUACGCCGUCGAGCGGCGCGCAUCUAGCACUUCGUAGCGUUUGGGGCCGCUCCGACGCCGUCGACGCGCUGCAUCGAUGGCGUGGGGGGGACCACGUACGCCAUCGACGCGACGCAUCGAUCGAAGCUACAACACGCAGGCGAUCCGCGAGCGGCGGGAGCGGUCCGAGGAGGCCGACAGUAGAGAAAGGCGCGUCGCGCUCUGCAUCCGCGAGCUCGGCCUGCACAACGAGCGCGACGCGAUGAUCGGCGUCGCGGGAGAUGCGCGGCGACGGGGCCUGUCCGGCGGCCAGCGCAAGCGCGUCGCCGUCGCCGUGGAGUUGUGUGGAGACCCGUCCGCGUUAUUGCUCGACGAGCCGACGUCGGGCCUCGACGCCGCCACGUCAUUAGCAGUCGUCCGCGCGUUAAUGAACGCCGCGCGGCGUGGCGUCUGUGUGGCUGCGGUUUUGCAUCAGCCUUCAGCCAAAGCCUGGCGCUGCUUAGAUGAUGCGGUCGUCUUUUCUGGUUCUGGUGUUGCGUAUUGCGGGCCCGCGUCGUUAGCCGCGCGAGCCUUUGAGGAGGCGUGUGGCCUGCAGCAGGGCGACGCACCAGCUCCAGACUUUGUCUUGGACUGCGUCGUGUCCAAUUCAUUUAGUAUCCCCUCAUCGACGACAGCGCCGGCGACGCCGGGCGCCACUUCACAGAUAUUAAGGGAGGCCUCGUACGGCGUCGACGCGCCCGGCGCCGUCACGCAAUUUACAAAGUUCCUGAACCGCGCGAUACUGGCGCAUACUAGACAUCCAGGAGACUUCGUCUUUGAAUUAGGAGUGCAGUUCGCCGCCGGGGCCUUCCUCGGUGCGCUGUACCCGCAUUUUGAAUUCAGGGACUGCCAGCAGGUGUCGUUCAUCUUGCAACUCUCGCUGGGCGGCACGGUGGCGUUAUCUUCCGCCAAGACCUUUGGGGGUCUGAGGCAGGCGGCGUGGCGCGAACUCUCUCCCACACUUAGUGGAUACGGUCUAGAUCCCGCGGCGUUCUGCGUCGCGACGUGUUUAGCGGAACUGCCACGACUACUCUUAAUUACGCUGGCCUUUUUGUCAACGUGGUUUCCCACGGCGCGGCCGCGCACCUCCUUCGCGCGCUACUUCUGGCCCUGCUUCUGCGCGGCCCUGGCGGCCUCUGGGUUAUCACAUGUCUUCUCCGUGACCCAGGACUCGAAGGCCGCGCAGCUGUCUUCCGUGAGUGCGUUAAUUGCUUGUGCCAUGUUCUCGGGGGUGGCACCUCGAUUAUCGGAGCUCAAGAAAUUAGGAUUGGCCGUCAAACCGUUAAUUUGGGGUAGUUAUGCGAGGUGGCUCGUCGAGUCGCUCUAUGCGGCCGAAAUAUUAGCGCUGUCGAUGGCGUGGCGCAUGCCACCCGCCUUUUAUGCUAAACCGCGCAUGGAGUCGGCCUUGGAAGGUUUACUGUUAUUUGGGUACGUCGCGCGGGCGGCGUCGGUGAACUGCGGGGUCUUGGCGCUGUUGGGAGUGUUCUUUAGAGCUCUGACGUACCUGGCCCUCGUGUACACGAAUCGCGACCGCAUGGGCCUGCGGGCCCCGGCGCACGCGUUCGCGGACUUGUACGCGCGCUGUGCCGCGUUGGUGAAGCGGCCGCGGGUGAAUGAGCGCGCCGGGUUGCUCGCGGCGACGACGCCUCGGAAGGAGGUUUCUCCUGAUAUUAGUGUGUAAUUCAUCAAGUUUA